ACCAGCUGUGGGAUGAUCAGUGACCCUAACGGUAUCUUUAAGCCGUGCCACGCGGUGGUUCUCCCCAACAUCUACCAGGAGAACUGUGUGUAUGACCAGUGUGCUACAGGAGGGGAGACGGUGGCUCUGUGCCAGGCUAUAGAGAGCUAUGCUGACCUGUGUGCCUUGGCUGGAGUACCCAUCGCAUGGAGGAACAACACCUUCUGUCCUCUGAAGUGUCUCCCAGGAAGCCACUACGAGCCCUGUGGUAACGCCUGUCCCUCCAGCUGUCAGAACCCUACUUUCAACUCCACCUGUACCCAGCCCUGCGUAGAGGGGUGUGUGUGUGACCCCGGAAUGAUCCUCAGCGGGGACAAGUGUGUCCCACCCAGCCAGUGUGGCUGCACCGACGAGGAUAACAACUAUAGACCGGUGGGAGACAGUUGGUUCACUGAGCUGGACUGUUCGGAGCGUUGUAAGUGUAACCCUGGUAACAACGUCACCUGUGAGCCGUGGCAGUGUAGCCCCGCCCAGGAGUGUAAGGUGUUGGAGGGAGAACUGGGAGGCAGGGGAGACAGGGGAACAGGUGGAGACAGGAGAGCAGGUGGAGACAGGGGAGCAGGUGGAGACGGGAGCAGGUGGAGACAGGGGAGAAGGUGGAGACAGGGGAGCAGGUGGAGACGGGUGCAGUUGAAUGGGCACAGGGUGCGUACUCCUCUGUCGAUCUGUGUGGCCGGGGCCAGGGUCUUGAGUAGUGGUGUCUACAGUCUGCUGGACACUGACUUUGGACUGAAGGUCAAGUUUGAUGGAGUCCACCACCUGGAGAUCACCAUCCCUGGAGAAUACUUCAACCAGGAGGCCAGUGGGCAGAGCUGGGAGGAUUCGUCUACUGAUGUGGCGCACCUGGGCAGGCUUGGCCUGCAGGCUAUAAAAGGUGGCCACAUCAGUCUUCCUUGA